GGGAAAUCAAAUCGCGUUUCUCGUCAAAAUAGAAUAAUACGUCGUCGAGCGGAAUAUCUUUAGUGUCGUUUCUUUUUUUUUAAGUAAUUUUAAUUGGCAUUUUGUUUAAAAGGGAAUAUUUGUGCGUUUUUAAAAAAACUAUUUGAAAAUAUCAAUAAAAAUAUAUUGCAGUUAUUAAAAACAACCCACUAUCCUGCAAGCUACUUUCAAAAUUCCAAAAAAAGUUUGCGAAGCAAACGGGAAGCGCAGUCAUAGCGACGUUAUUUGGCUGCUGCUGCUUUGCGUUACAAUGUAAAACAAGACAUUUUUGCAAAAAAACCAUACAAAGCCUGAAGAUUAAAUAUAUUUGGAAAAAUUUUAUAUUUUUGAUAAGUGUACAUUUUGUGAAAUUUGCUGUGAUUUUGACCGACAGGCCCAAAACAAGAUUGUCAGAAAAACACCAAUCUAAUUGGAGUGUUAAAAUUUGGAUUUUUGUUGGGAUCUCUUUGUGUGUGCCCCCUGUGGUUGUUUUACACUGGAUCAACGCUUAGCUUGCCAUGGCCAAUCAAGCGGAGAUAGAUUAUGAAAAACAAUUUCAAGAAGAUUUAGCCAAGGCCACUGCGCUAAGUUUGGAACAGGAAGCUUUAGACGAAUACAAUCGCGCCAAGAAAUAUGGCUCGGCAUUUACCCAAAAUGCCCAACAGGAAGCGAAAAAUAAGUUAUAUGCUCAAAUACGUAGACAACACUAUGCUCGAACUGCUUCGGGGGGUACAGAAAAUUCUUCGCUUAGCUAUGCCACACCGUCCUCAACGCCUCAGCAUGCUUUGGCCUUGCCUACAAAUUUGCAGCAGAGCCAAAGAAGACAUUCGGAAGUUACUAAUCAUAAUGCUUCCUCCUUGGCGUCGUUCCCCACGGACAGUGAGCGCUCUAAAACUCCGCCUGCUUCAUCGUCUGGAAUGGCCGAAAAUGAUUUGAUUAAUUUUGCCAGUCCGACAGCGAAAAAUUCCGAGCAGAAUUCAUUUGAGAAACUGAUAGAAGACUUACAAAAACUGCAAACAACCAAUCCCCAAACGGCAUUGGUGCCCUUGGGACCAACGGCUGCUGCUCCCAUGUAUCCCUCCUCAUCAUAUAACCAUCAUGGUGCAGCAGCAGCUGCUGGGGCUGCCAUGUAUGCUGGUAGCGCAGCAGCUGUCCAGCCACCAGGACAUUAUGGCAUAACAACACCAGCUGGGGCAGCGGGUAUGCAGCUGGUGCCUUUUAUACCCUCAAGUCCACAACAAAAGGUACCUCUGACUCAAGAUGAAUUGGCAAAGCUUUAUAAUAUGACACCACAACCUCAUAGCGCUUCCAUAUAUGGACCUCGGCCGGCCAUGGGUUUUAUACCUCCAAGGGGUGCGCCAGGCUAUUAUACACCGCCCACACCACCCGUAAUGGCAGGAUCUUCAGCGCCGCCUUAUUCAGCUCCUAUGCAUUAUCCCAAUGCUUAUGGUUACCAAUUUCAAGCAACGAGUACCCCUGGAGCUCAGCCUUAUUUUCCCAGCAAUAUGUCAGCAGCGGCAGCUUCGAAUGCCUCCAUCUCUUCUUCAAAUCCAUCAUUGAAUGCCAGUGCACAUCACCAUCAUCUACAACAAACAGUUUUAUCAUCCUCCAACAAUAGCUUUAAUUAUCAAAAACAUUCCUCUACGAUAAGCAUUAAUGCUGGUGGUGGCGUAGCCUCUGGUUCUACAACAUCUUUGCCAGGAACCUCACAAUCGAACGGUAUGAGUGCAAGACGUCAAACGCCACCGGCUCGCAAGAUGUCCUCCCGUGUUCCAGGUUCUGAUUUAAUCGAUUUGUCGCAUGAAGAUGAUUCGCGUGUGAGUGUGCUUGAAGCCUUUGAUCCUUUGCUAAAUGAAAAUGAAAGUGGCGACGACGAUGCAUCGGAUUGCACCUCAUUCUAUGCGGAAUAUGAUCCAUUCGAUUAUCUCUACAGUGGUGGCAGUACACAGUGUUCGGAUCCCGUCUAUGAAGCUGUAAAUAAAUUAGAAAAAGCAAGUGCGCUCAGUCCAAAUGUUUCCACAUAUGGCUGGCGAUCGGAAUACAGUCCCGCCGAUUAUACUAGUGGUCGUGGUGUCGACGUUCAAUCCACCUAUUCUGUAAAUUCAGUUUCGCAUUCAUCUCCACCACCUCUGCCACCACGAAAUAGUGGUGGUGGCCUAUAUAGUGGUAGUAACAAUGGAAGCAUCACCUCAUUUAAUGCCUUUGCCAGGGACUUCAUAGCGAAUGAAUCGUAUGCAGCAACGCUCAAUGUAAGUCGUGUGCUGGAUCGACGAAAAACCUAUUCGCGCCUAUAUGAAAUGGUAACGGAUAAGAGGAGUAUAGAUCCUGAACUAUUGGAUUUCUAUCAUAUGGUUAAGGAGCUAAGGCAGCAAUAUACCUACGAUGAUGAGCAGACAAAUGUGGGUCAUAUUAUAGCCUCCGAAUUCAAUUAUCAUUAUCCAUUUGAGACGAGCAUUAAGAUUUUGGUACAUCCCUCACUGAAUGCCUUGUUUCCGGAUGCUGAAGCAGCUGCCAUGAAUAGUGGUCAAUAUAAGGGUUAUGGAGCACCGGUGAUUUUUACAUGUGACAUUAACACCCCCGUGGAAUUUGUCAUCAGCCAGGCUUUUUGCUCCUUGGAAGGCCAAAUACGCGGUUCGGUUAAUGAUUAUGCCGUCAAGCCAAUUGGUGUCUCCGAAUGGCUGGCGAAUACCUCGAAACUAAGUCAAUUGGAAUGUGUGCACAACAGCUUGAAGUUGGAAAAGGAUGUUCAAUUGGGUUUGUGCCCUAAAACUCGAGAAAAUAUGCAAGUAAUUGCUCGCACAGAAAACGAUGAUAAAACCAAUUUGAAUUUAAGAAUAGAGGAUGUACUACCAAAUGAGACAAUUGCCACAGUUUCGUAUGAUGAUAUGAUGAUCCUGAUAGAAACUCUCGAAACAGAAAUUGAUAAACUCGAGUCAGCUGCCUCUGAUCUUUCUACGCGCACUGUCUUGUCUUGUUCCGGUGUUGUACAAGGUGUUAAAGCCAUUUGUGCCUUAUUGGGUUCCAUAGACACUUUGGAACUGGCCGAUUGUGUGGAUGAACUGAAACAUGUUUGCGAAGAUAACCAAUUGAAAUUUGCUGUCAAUUCCACUUCAAAUCCGGAAAUCGUUAAUGACUGUGGCGGUGAUUAUGCCGAAGUUUGUUUGAGACCUCGUUCUGUGUUGGAACAAAUCAAACUGAAAUGCAAUAAGCUGCGGGAUGCCGUACAAGAACUUGUUGAGUUGUACGCAAAUGUAUUUAGAGUGGGAUUUUCGGUGAAGUCCAUCGAUUAUUCGAUAACUCCCAUACAUGUUUCCUGUGUCUCCAAACCCAUUGUGGUUAACAUCAAUUGCUUGCAUCGCCCACCGCCUUUAUGGAAAUUUGACAGUUACUCUCUGGGUGUUCACAUCAACUAUGGCACACGUUUCAUUUCAGAGCCAGUGGUUACUAAAUGUUCCAAUGACACCAGUGGUGGUUUAUUUGCUCGCUUAAAAUUCUCCUCUUGGAUAACAUUUGAAAAGAAUCCCAUAUGUACGCUGCCGCGUGAGGCUCGUUUGAUAUUUAUUCUCUAUGGCACACAGCUGGCGGAGAAUGAACCUAAUAAUGGUAAUAGUGAAAAUGCUGAAAAGAGGAAAAUAAGCACCGAAUUGGGUUGGUGUGCCAUCCAGUUGUUUGAUUAUAAACGAGAAAUGAUAUGUGGUUCAUACCUGUUGCCCAUGUGGCCGGCAACGGCAAAUAAGUUUUUGGGUCCCGCUCCAGCUAAGGGUUGUCAUCCGCAAUCGUAUUUUUGUCCUGUGUUGAGUAUUGAAAUACCCCCUUAUGGAGGGAGAAUACAAUUUCCGGAGUCAUUGGAGGAUCCAAAACCGGCGCCCAGAUACGAUUUCAAUUCCUUGGACUCUCAUCUGCAACAACAAUUAUUGGACACCGCCGAACAAGGCUACACCAGAGACAUAGCGGAACGUGAAGUCUUCUGGGAGAAACGCUUGUAUUUACAAAAUAUACCCCAUGCCUUACCGAAAGUAUUACAUGCUGCUCAUAGCUGGGAUUAUGCCAGCCUUAUGGAUUUGCAUUCAUUGCUCUGCUCUUGGUCACCCUUAUCACCACUGCAAGCCUUGGAGUUGCUAUUGCCACGUUAUCCGGAUGCUAAAGUGCGGGAAAAGGCAGUGGAAUGGAUUUCGAAAUUGCCCAAUGAUCAGUUGGUGGAUUAUUUGCCACAACUUAUACAGGCCCUUAAACAUGAUACCUAUGAAGGUUCGGCAAUGGCACGUUUCUUGUUAUGCAAAGCUUUGGAAUCACCACGUAUUGCUCAUCAUAUGUAUUGGCUGUUGGUACAUAGUUUGCCGGGUGAUGAUCCUCAGAAUUCCAUAGAUUCCUCUUCUUCAGCCGAUGGCAAUGAGGUGGAUGAGUCUUUGGUGACUCAGGCUCGUUACCAUAGGCGCAAUAAAAUGAUGUUGAGAGCUUUGUUGGCUGUAUGCGGAGAGAAAUUAUCGGCUAGAUUCCUUUUGCAAAAUCUGAUGUGUAGGAAUCUUGCUGAUAUUGCUGAACAUGUCAAGGAGGCCAAAGAAGCCUUACGUCAAAAAUUCCUUUCGGCCGGCAUGGAUGGUGUAAAUCAAGAACUUUUGGACAAGCACACUUCCCUGCCUUUGGGCCCCGAACUGGAAGUUAGCGGCAUUAAUGUACGCAAUUGCAGUUAUUUCAAUUCCAAUACACUGCCUUUGAAAAUCUCCUUUGUGGGUCCCGACUCGGAGCCCUUGCCAGCCAUUUUUAAGUCCGGUGAUGAUUUACAGCAGGAUAUGUUGACCAUCCAACUUAUUCGUGUAAUGAAUAAAAUGUGGCUAGCCGAGGGCUUGGAUUUGAAAAUCGUAACCUUUAAUUGUGUGCCAACGGGCUAUAAAAGGGGCAUGAUUGAAUUGGUCUCGGAUGCCGAAACUUUGCGAAAAAUCCAAGUGGAAUAUGGUUUGACGGGUUCAUUUAAAGAUCGUCCCAUAGCUGAGUGGUUGGCCAAGCAGAAUCCCAGCCAAUUGGAGUAUCAGAGAGCUGUUAAGAAUUUUACAGUUUCCUGUGCUGGUUACAGUGUAGCUACUUACAUCUUAGGCAUUUGUGAUAGACAUAAUGACAAUAUCAUGUUAAAAACCUCAGGACAUCUAUUUCACAUAGAUUUUGGCAAAUUUUUGGGUGAUGCCCAAAUGUUUGGUAACUUCAAAAGAGAUCGCACUCCUUUUGUCCUGACUUCCGACAUGGCCUAUGUUAUCAAUGGUGGCGACAAACCCUCCACCGACUUUCAUUAUUUUGUUGAUUUAUGCUGUCGUGCCUUUAACAUUAUACGCAAACAUGGUGAUCUUCUACUACAUAUGUUGGCCUUAAUGGCUGCAGCCGGUAUACCCGGAGUGACAGCAGAUGCUGUUAGUUAUGUACGCACCGCCUUACUGCCCGCACAAUCGAAUCCUGAAGCUGCUGCCUCAUUUGCGAAAAUGAUACAGUUUUCGCUGAAGAGCUGGUUUACACAAUUCAAUUUCUUUUUGCACAAUUUAGCACAAAUGCGUUUCUCCAAUGACGAGGGCAGUGGAGAACUGUUGUCUUUUGUUCCUAGAAAAUAUACAAUGCAGCAGGAUGGCCGCUUGAAAAGUGUUAUGGUUGUCCGCUGUCAAAAACAUUACGAUAUGGAAAAGUAUUAUACAUAUAUUUUAGAAGUAACACGUCAUGGCCAAACGGAUCCCACUCAUCUAUUUCGUUCGUACAAAGAAUUCACGGAAUUCCACCAGAAAUUGUGUUUACAUUUUCCUUUAGCCAAGUUGCAUAGUUUACCAAGCGGCCUUCAUGUGGGCCGUUCGAAUGUCAAGUCGGUGGCCGAAAGACGUCUACCAGAAAUACGUCAUUUCCUUAUCUCAUUAUUCAACUCAGCCGAUGAAAUAGCCCAUUCGGAUUUGGUGUACACGUUCUUCCAUCCGCUAUUGAGAGAUCAAAGGGAGGCUAAGCUAGAUGUAUCGAAAGUUAAAGAAAUUCGUUCACAAACCUCCAGGGAGCAACCUUACGAAGUAGGCCAAUUGAGAUUGUCCAUGCAAUAUCGCCGAGAGGCUUUGACCGUUAUGAUACAUCAUGCUAAAGGUUUGCCUCUGUUGGCUGGUGGCCAGGAACCCAAUACCUAUGUGAAAUGCUAUUUAAAGCCAGAUGAUAAAAAGGCAACAAAACGUAAAACAAAAGUGGUCCGGAAAACCUGUGUACCCAGUUACAUGGAGACGCUGGAAUAUCGCAUGCCUUUACAAGUCAUACAAAAUCGAGAAUUGAAUGUCACCGUGUGGUCCCACGAUACUCUGCAAGAGAAUGAAUUAUUGGGUGGCUUCAAAAUCGAUUUGAGUAAAUAUGAUUUACGCAAAGAGAUGAUUGAAUGGUUCCGUUUGGGCAACAUGAGCCGACACUGACACAGAAAUGAGCUCCACAGUGGUGGUGGAGGGCUUAUGGGCUCUGUGCUUAUAUGAACACUGGACGGAGCAAACUGUUAACAAUAAUAUUAACAUUCGGGUACAAAA